GAGAAGGCGGUCUCUUGACAGUUGCCAAUUAUCGACCCCAGUUUUGUUCAAAGAAAAGUGAACGAUUCGCUCAUGUAUUGUACGAUAAUUAAGAAGAAUAGAACAAUUUAUUGGCACGACGUAGACACUGAUGAACCAACAGGAAGAUCAGAUUAUGUAAGAAAUCUAGUCAUCAUAAUCCUUAUUGCCCUUGGCCUCUUUUUAUGCUGUCUACGCAAAAAGCGCUCCACAGAUUCUAUCAAUCAGCCUCACGAACGGACUAACAUUGUGGGAAAUUCCUGCAAUCAGACAUCCGCAAGAAGUCAGUAUUUUAACUUAAAUGAGUUGCAGUCCGACCAACGUCCUAUUGGAACUCCUACUACAACACAAGAACAACAAAAUCCUCGUUCUCCUCACAAUGAACCCAUGCGCCCCAUGCCAAUGCCAUCCAUGGUGGCCACUGCACCUCCAGAACAUCCACCUCCGCCCGCAGAUGAUGCAAAACCACCGUCUUAUGAACAAGUCACACAAGUCAUGGGAGAUAAGAACGGAUAAGAGUCUUCAUGACAAUUAAACCCAUGCAAUAGUAGUCAUCUAGGGCCUCUACUGAAGCCAGUAAAACCUCAGGCUAAUGUGCUUUAUUUUACAAUCUACCUCAAUUUAAAGACUCUUUCUUAAAAGAGCCGAUAUUACAUGAAUGUUUAGAAUUGUGAUGUAUUUAUUAUAUGCAAUGUGACAAUAAAAAGUGUGCCAAUUCACAAAGCAUUCUUGCGCAUAUUCUUCAAUCCAGAAAAUCGGAGGGAAACAUCGCAAUGAAUUCCAUUUUUGCAUUCCCGCCAAUCCGUGGGAUCCUAGAUUUUGCAUUUCCACGCCACCUGUCUUAUCUGUCAGGCAAUUUUAUACUCAUGUAACGAAAAAAAAAUGCAAUUUCAAAUUGCGGCAGCUCACUU